GGCACAAGAAAGCAACCAACCGUGAAAGGAACGAGCGAUGAAGAAUGGCAAAAUCGUAAUUGCAAUAAAACUGAAAAACCAGAAACUGUGAAGCCAACCACCAAUUCAAGGAGGAAUACGUUCAUCUUCACAAGAAUUGUCGGUGCUCUGUUCCCAAAAACACCUUCUCAGGCCGGGGGCCACAACGUAAUUUCCAUUUUGCGUUUAUUUUAGCCUCCUCUCCGAUCGCCCGGCGCCCUUUCAUCUUCCCUUUCCGUCAUUGUGCCGUCCAUUUCCCCCAUCAAACCAAAAAAAAAAAAGAAAGAUAGGGAAUAAAGCUGUUUGCAAAUCCCUGAAAUUUUCUCUGAAAUUGUUGAUCCAAUUGCAGAUAAAUCGUAGGUUAAAUGGGGAGGAGAUCGAAGUCGUCGAAAGGGAACUGUUGUGGGUGGGUUCUGUUGGCGCUGGUGGCAUUGGCUAUUGGGUGCGCCAUUUAUGUGCUUAUGAAUCCCAAAGAAGCAGAAUUCCCGGACCCGGAGCCCGGGCCUCCCGGAAAGCCUAUUAAGAAAUACGCCCAUGCUCUGAAACUGGCAUUGGAGUUCUUCGACGUACAAAAGGCUGGGAAGUUGGAUGAAAACAAAAUACCAUGGAGGGGGAAUUCUGCACUCAAAGAUGGAAGCCAAGCUAAGCUGGAUCUUAGUAAAGGAAUGUAUGAUGCUGGAGACACCAUUAAAUUUGGAUUCCCCAUGGCUUACACUGCUUCAGUGUUGUCGUGGGCGAUCCUCGAGUAUGGUGACCAAAUGGAGGUGGCGAAGCAACUUGAACCUGCCCAAGACUCACUCAAAUGGAUAAUGGACUUCCUUGUGAAUGCCCAUCCCUCUCCUAAUGUCCUCUAUAUUCAGGUGGGGGAUCCCAAAAGUGACCAUAAAUGUUGGGAAAGGCCUGAAUCCAUAACCAAGGCAAGGCCUCUAAUCCAAGUGAACACAUCUGCCCCGGGCACAGAAGUUGCAGCUGAAACUUCAGCAGCAAUGGCUGCAGCAUCUCUGGUGUUUAAAUCCUCAGACUCUGAUUACUCAGCCUUGCUUCUGAAACAUGCUAAAGAGCUGUUUGCCUUUGCUGAGAAACAUCGAGCCUCGUACAGUAAAAGCAUUCCCCAAGUGGCUGCAUAUUACAACUCAACCGGGUAUGGCGAUGAGCUCUUGUGGGCAGCGACUUGGCUCUAUCACGCGACAGGAGACGAAACGUAUUAUGAUUUUGCAACGGGGGACGAUGCAGAUGAGUUUGUUCAGUGGGGAAGUCCCACCUGGUUUAGCUGGGAUGACAAGUUUCCCGGAGCUCAGGUUUUGAUGUCUCGGGUGAGUUUUUUCAAGUCGAAAGGGCUCUCAAAUUCUGUCACUCUCGAGAAGUAUAAGAGUACUGCAGAGGCUGUUAUGUGUGGCCUUUUACCAAAAUCCCCAACUGCCACAUCAAGCAGAACAGACUCUGGUUUAAUAUGGGUGAGCGAGUGGAACGCCUUGCAACACUCUGUCGCGUCUGCCUUCUUAGCUGUCGUUUACAGCGACUACAUGCGUUCGUCUCGCACUGCAAGGAUCACGUGUGAUGGCAAACAAUUCACACCAUAUGAUCUCAGGGAUUUCGCCACUUCACAGGCCGAUUAUGUGCUGGGAGAUAAUCCAAUGGAGAUGAGCUACCUCGUUGGGUACGGGGAUAAGUACCCGGAGUACGUUCACCAUAGAGGAGCCUCGAUCCCUGCAAACGCAAAACCGGGCUGCAAACAGGGCUUCAAAUGGCUCGAUUCAUCCAAACCGAACCCGAAUGUUGCAGUUGGAGCCCUAGUUGGAGGGCCAUUUUUGAAUGAUACAUAUGUUGAUGCAAGAAACAACUCAAUGCAGGGAGAACCAACAACAUAUAACAGUGCACUCCUUGUUGGGCUUCUUUCUGGUUUAGUUACCACAUCCUCUGUGGUUAAGUCUUUUGUUUAAGGUAGAUUUCAAGAAAAUCCCACUAUAUAUACAUGUGUGUUGAGCCUAUCAGCUGGUUUACUUUCUUGUGAUCCUUUGCUGAUUCCAGUCACAAAACCUGAUUUAUUAAAUAUAUAGACAAGAUAAAUGAGACACGAAAUCCCACUAUAUAUACAUGUGUGUGUUGAGCCUA